UGUGUGUGUGUGUGUGUGUGUGUAAGACAGAGAUGUCCGCGGCAGGAGAGUGCGGCUUCUCCAGUGAGGAGGUGCUGAGCGCGCGCUUUCCGCUGCACCGCGCGUGCAGGGACGGGGAUGUGCUCGCGCUCCACCAGCUCCUCCAGAGCGACACACACCGGAGCGAGCUGCUCACGGAGGACUCGUUCUACGGCUGGACUCCCGUACACUGGGCCGCUCACUUCGGCAGGCUGGAGUGCGUGAUGCAGCUGGUGCAGGCGGGAUGUGGCGUGAACGCCUCGACGUCACGUUUCGCGCAGACGCCGGCUCACAUUGCAGCAUUCGGAGGCCAUCCGCAGUGCCUGAUGUGGCUCCUGCAGGCCGGCGCUGACCUCAACGGGCAGGACUACGUCGGAGAAACCCCCAUUCACAAGGCGGCGCGUGCUGGUAGUGUUGAGUGUAUUAAAGCUCUCCUGAUUCACGGAGCGAAAGCUGACUUGAGGAACGCUAGUGGACUGACCGGCGCUGACCUAGCCCAUGGCCAGGGCUUCGCAGAGUGCGCUCAAGUGCUGUCCAAUGCCCAAAAUCAGCAGCAGCUCAGACAUUUUAAUGGCUUCCUCAACGGCACACCCAGUAGAAAGCGCUCGCUCGACUGCAUCGAGUCGAGUCAGUUCAAAAAGGCCAGAACCAGCGAUCUUGAUCUUCACAUGAAGCUGAUGAACGGCUUUGGCGGAGAGAACCUGAUGGACAUGGCCCAGGCGGAGCUCGGACCAGCACUGAGCGGCACCACAGGAAACACUGGUUUGAACGAGAGAGAGAAUGUGGGCGUGUCUUUACAACUCGGUGGAUUCGGAGACAAGACGGAGAGCAUGGAGGACGAUACCUCAGUCUGUGCCGAGGAGCGCUACGACCACACGUUCUUCCACACCAUGCACCUCUUCCACGGGUCCUAAAGAGACAGACAAAUGCAUGUCGUCUGCUUUUAGUUAAAGAGUCAGCUUGCACCUGAUAACUUGUGACGAAUCAUCCUUACCCAUUGUAUAGAUCAGUCCAUAAGUUUUGGAACAAAGACAGUUUUUCGUGGUGUUUGGCCUCUCCACACCGGAGACCAAAGCCUUUCAUCUUUAAUACAAGCCGCUUAACAGAACUGUGGCUUUAAACAUUUAGGAACUACAGCCAUUUUCAUAAACAUGUGCGUGUCCAUCAUUUUGUGGGGCUCAUAAAUAAUGGAACGAAUUACAAAAGGCUUGCCGUUGUACACUUUGAUCAUUUGCAGUCAACGACUGCCUGAACCCAUGGACAUGCUCAAAUGCCAUCCCUCAGGAUGCAAAAACUUACCUCUGUUCCAAAAUGUAUGGAUCUUUUUUUAGAGGUGUGUGUAUCUACAUUACAUUUACAGCAUUUGGCAGACACCCUUAUCCAGAGCGACUUGCAUUUUAUUAAAUCUCACUAUACAUCUGAGGGUUUGGAGUCCAACAGUGGCAACUUUCUGAUGCUGUGGUUUAAACCUGUGACCUUCUGGCCAGUAAUCCAACACCUUAACCACUGCGCGCUACCCCUAAUAUAUGAUUAAAAGCCCGUCUUGAGAACGAGUAGAUCACUCAGUAAAUAUAGUCACUGUUUGUAAGAUGUAUUCAGCUUAUUGAAUCAUUUGGGGAAAAAAAGAUUUUUGUGGAGACGUGAAAUAAAAUACGGCAAAUGCUUUUUGUGGACUGUGAAGGUACAAUGAAAUAAUUAUCCAGACCUAUAACGGUUAUGUUUUCUGUUUACAACUUGAUCUGAUUGAAGUCAUGCCAUAAACAAAAAAUAUGGAAAAUUAUGUAAAGAACAUCAAAAACCUGAUAAUCACCUCAAACUCUACCCCCAUCAAAAAGUCUUCGUUCUUUGUUUGCUUGCGGCUCUUUUUUCUUUUUUUCAUGUUACCAAGUACAGUCUGUCCUUUAGAAAUGCUUGAGAAUUACACUGCCCGCCCAAUAAAUAAAUACAUAAAUAAAACGAUGCACACUCUUAAGAUUAAAUUCGUUGACCUUCAGACCUUUACGUUUGAUUACCGCACAUACUCUGUGGUGUCCAGGUCAUGUGUGAAAAUGUUUUCUCUUUCACAUUCUUGAGUCCUGGAACAUCCCUGUUCCAUUAGGGAAGAAAAAACCCUCCAUAGAUGUGAUCCUCUGGUGAUUCAGUACAUUCAGGUGGUCAGCUGACUUCAUUUUAUUGCCCCAUAACGUUACUGAGUCUCGACCUGAGUAACUGAUCAACCCCAGAUCAUAACACUGUCUCCAGAGGCUUGUACAGUGGACAUGAUGCAUGAUGGGAGCAUCGCUUCAUGAGCUUUCCUUCUUACCCUGACACGCCCAUCACUCUGGAAUAGGGACUCAUCAGGUCACAUGACCUUUUUCCCUUCGCUCCAAAGUCCAGUCUUUAUGCUCUUUUGAAGCCUUUUUCCCAAUUAGCUUUACUGAUAAGUGGUUUUCUUAAGGCUGCUGCACAGAUGUUUAGUCCCAAUCCUGAGUUCUCUUCAUAUUGAGUGUGUGUGUGUGUGUGUGGAAAUGCUCUAACUUUUACUAUUAAACUGAGCUCAGAUUUUUAUUAUUGUUAUUUUUUUUACCAUGUGACUUCACCAAGAGUUUAAGUCAUCUCUAUUCACUAGCACACUUUUUGGAUAAGCCUGGUAGUCUAUGGAUGCAUCUUUCCUCCUGAGAAUGUCCCGACGAGCGCUACACACUUCCAUGCAGACUCAGGCUCCAUCACAUGUAGUGUUUCUUUCCAACACGUCAGUAUAAAUGACAUCGUGUAUUACAGUCCUGUCGCUUUGCUGUGGAAUUGUGUUCCUCUGUGUGUUUUAACCAAAUAAAGAUCUUUUUCGCUCUA